GUAAAUGCGAGACUGCAUUGUGACGUCAUAAGCUUAGUCCCACCCAUUUAUGGACGUCACGCAGCUCCUCCUACUGAACUUUGUUGAUGCAGCCUAUUCUGCGCUAAGCGGUAUGAGAGAUAAGGUGAGAAGUGUUAGUCCGAAACAAACAAACUUAUUUUUCAUGACUUGUUCCUGAAAAUCAUGCCAUGUGUAUUUCGCGCUAGAUGUGUUUUCUGUUCAAAAUGUAUUAGCGUUUUUAUAUCAUAUGUGGCUGCACCAACUACUUUGCUUAAUUUAAACAUUCCAGGUUCAGUCCUGAAAUUGCAACAUCUCCCAGAGUGCCAUGAAUUUGUGAUUCUUGAUUAUAUAUCCUAAGAGACCAAAAGUUGUCAGUUUUUCGAGUAUAUUUGAGAAAGUGUAUUGGAAAUUGUCAUGCGGAGAAAGGAACUCCUUAAAAGAGCUCAUGUUUUCUCACCCAACAAUGUAACCUCACGUACGUGGGGUAGGUAAACAUCAUUUACACAGGAACCUGAAUGAAACCUGCAUUUCCGUCUUAAUACAGAAUAAGGUAUAAUCAUAAUGUAAGGUGUGAAUAAAUCAUUUGCCGAUAAGUCUAGUUUCCAACUCAAUAUGCUUACUCAAACAAAAGAAUGAAACUCAUGUGGGCAGUGUGUAACAUGUCAUUUAGAUUAAAAAUUUAUCUAAACGAUCAGAUAUUUCUUGACAUUAUAAAGAAACCUUCUGUAUGAGGUAUAUAGCAAGUCAUUUAGAUAGUAUGGUUCUUUACACUAGCAGCUGCGUAUAUCUACAGGAGAAAAAAAUGCAUGUGUAAGGUAUGUAAGAAUUCAUUUGGACGAAUGACCACCUUAAGCAUGAAUACGCUUAUUCAUGCAGGAAAGAAACUUAUGUUUGUGAGAUAUGUAGGAAGCCAUUUGGUUUCAAAUCUAGUUUAAACAGGCAUAUGCUUCUUCACACAGGAAAGAAGCAUCAUGCGUGUGAGAUUUGUAAUAAGUCAUUUGCUGGAAAAUCUCAUUUAAAUGAACAUAUGCUUCUUCACACAGGGAAGAAACCUCAUGUGUGUGAGGUAUGUAACAAAUCAUUUGCUCAAAAACGGGAUUUAAACGAACAUAUACUUAUUCAUACUGGCGACAAACCUCAUGUGUGUGGUGUAUGUAAUAAGUCAUUUAUUCACAAGCGUAGUUUAAAGAACCACAUAUUUAUUCACAGUGGAGAGAAACCUUAUGUGUGUGAUGUAUGUAAUAAGUCAUUUCCUUACAAACGUAGUUUAAACUGUCAUUUACUUAUUCACACAGGAGAAAAACCACAUGUGUGCAAGAUAUGUAAAAAGUCAUUUACUCUUAAAGGUAACUUAAACGAACAUAUACUUAUUCACACAAGAAAGAAUUCUCAUGUGUGUGAGUUAUGUAAUAAGUCAUUUACUCUAAAAGGCAAUUUAAAUAAGCAUAUGCGUUUUCACAGUGGAGAGAAACCUCAUGUGUGUGAGGUAUGUAACAGGUCAUUUGCUCAAAAAGGUAAUUUAAACAACCAUAUGCUUCUUCACACCGGAGAGAAACCUCAUGUAUGUGAGGUAUGUAAUAAGUUAUUUGUGCAAAAAGGUGAUUUAAACAAACAUAUGCUUAUUCACACUGGACAGAAACCUCAUGUAUGUGAGGUAUGUAACAAGUCAUUUACUCAAAAAGGGCAUUUUAAUGAACAUAUGCUUAUUCACACAGGAAUGAAGCCUCAUGUGUGAUGUAUGUAAGAAGCCAUUCCCUCAAACUUAGGUUACAAAACCAUAUACUUACUCACACAGAACGGGAAUCUUUUGAGGUAUAUAAUAAAUCAUUUACUCAAAAGCCUGAUUUAAAAAAAAAACAUAUACACACCAGAGAGAUACUGCAGAAGUUACAUGUAUAAUAAAUCAUUUGAAUGAUAGAAAAAUUGAGACUCAUUUCUACAGAUAAUAAAAAGGCUAAUGUGUUUUGUUGAAAAGUUAUAUUAAUAAGAACCUUUGCAUGUGGGUGUAGUGAAGACUUGUCUAUGCUAUAAAGAAAUGUCUAUAUGGGAUGUAUUUAACUGGUCAUUUCAUCUCAAUUCAUAAUAAAUCAUUUAAUUGUUUCCACAAGA